GUGACAUUAGUGUUGCCGUCGAGGCAAGUUAGACUCGAUGUGAACUCGAUUCGAUUCGGAUAUAACCAAAUUCAUUUCAACUCGUUGGGUUCGAGAUUUACAAUAGAUUUGUGCACUUUAUCGUAAUCCCCUGUAAAUGGCCCCAGGUUAUACUAUGGAUGACGCAAUUUUUGGGUGCAGAUGACUUCGUUUCUAAUAGCGCUAUCCCUCCGACUCCAACCAUCAUUGUCUCUGAACCAGUGGUACGGUCCCCAACACUGGAAUCCACAGAGGAACGCUUGCGCAAGGAACUCGAGGUGAACAAGAAAGAUGCGAAGUAUGAGUUUUCUCGUUAUGAAGAGGUAGGUAUACUACUUGAAGCAGCUGAACGCACAACUGAUGUCAUUCGUUUAUGGGAGCAAAAAGAACAUACUAUAUUUCCACUUUUAUUCCACGUCGCUAUGGAUGUCCUGCCUGCUCAAGCGCUCGAGCUUCAUCAGUGA